CAAGUGCACUGGGGGGCGUGGCCACGAGCCUGCAUCACACCAGCCUACGGGGAAGCUGAUUGGUUGCUGAGGUGGAGAGGCGGAAAUGGAGCUCCGUCCUCCUCCAGCGACCCGCUCACUGACACGCACUCACCGGGCCACCGAGGAGCCGCUGCCCGCUGCCUGCUGGUUUAUGUUGGGCCGUCUGCUCGGUCAGAAAGCUCCGAGUCUUUUCAGGCGGCUGUCUGUGAUCAUGAAGCCGAAGGUGAUCUUCGUCCUGGGCGGACCGGGAGCCGGGAAAGGGACCCAGUGCUCCAAGAUAGUGGAGGCCUACAGCUACACUCAUCUGUCAGCGGGAGAUCUGCUGAGGGAAGAGCGCGGCAGAGAAGGGUCCCAGUACGGACAGCUCAUCGACACCUACAUCAAAGAAGGCAAAAUCGUUCCGGUGGAGAUCACCAUCAGCCUCCUCAGGAAGGCGAUGGAGGAAACGAUGAGCAGAGAUGAGACCAAGAGCUGCUUCCUAAUCGACGGCUUCCCUCGUAACGAGGACAAUUCAGGCUGGAACCGGGUCAUGGACGACAAAGCGGACGUCAAGUUCGUGCUUUUCUUCGACUGCGGCAAUGAGGUUUGCAUCAACAGAUGCUUAGAAAGAGGAAAGAGCAGCGGGCGCACAGACGACAACCAGGGAGAGUCUUGAGAAAGAAUCCAGACCUACCUGCAGUCUACGCGGCCCAUCAUCCAGCGGUACGAGCAGCUGGGGAAGGUUCGCACCGUAGACGCUUCUCGCUCCGUGGACGAGGUGAGAAAACGCCAUUGUUUUUAUUUCAGCGAAAAACAUUUCCACAUUUUGUCACUAUGGAGAUGGGAAGCAGAGAUAGACGCAUUUCUGGCAAGAAAAAGGUUCAAAUUAAUUUAACGUCCUCAGAUGGAGAGAUGGAGCAUUUUAUACCUUACAAACAUCCUGCACUCACUCUCCCCCAGGGGAACCAACCCACCUCCUGCAUAAAGACUCACCUUUGCACAUCUGGAGGACUUUAGUUGAUCAAGGUCGUUCUCUGUCAGGUUAAUCUAUCUCUCUCUGCUCAGAUGGAUCUCCUAAUAACAGCAGUCCUCUCCUUCACGCCAUGAAGGAGGCUGAGACUCAUUCUUCUCUCUCAUGACCUUCGUUUGGAGCCUGUGAGGCUAAAAAACAGACAAACCUCAACAUGUUUUACUUUACUUUAAUAAUAGAUGAGGUUUUAGUUUUAUUUUGUUGAGCAACAGAAGGAAACUAAUUCCAGUUUAUCUCCAAUAGAAGAGCAGCAUGAGUUUCAUUCAGCUCCACUGAGUGAUUGAAGAGCCGCCUUUGGCGUUUAGCCGCGGGGAGAGACAGGACGCUUUUCUUUUGCCCGGAUCCAAGCGGCUGAAAUGAGU